CUUGCAGCCAAAUUUGAUUUGGCGAGAUAUAAUCAGAUCUGGAAAUUGGGUUGCCAAGUUUUCUUCUUCUGCAAGAGACGCUGGAAGGAUUAAAAGGAGUUCAUUACACAAAAGAAAAAUUAAUGGAGUCAGAUUCGGAAGAAAGCUUGAAACGGGAAUUGGAGGAAUUGCAGAAGCUGCUUGGCAAGAAGCUGAGGUUCGAGGAGGCUGUUCGCUCCCUCCAUUCCCUUCUUCGCGAACUUUGUCCCUCCGCCUCUCAUUCCCUUCGAAAAUUGUUUUAUUCUGUUGUGUGCCGGGUGGCGACAAUUCUAAAGACGAGAUACACCGCACCGGGGUUCUGGCUUGCUGGUCUCCGCCUUUUUGAACAAGCUGAGUGCACUUUCUCUGAUCCUUCUGAGAAGGAGCACUUGAAAAAAUGCAUUGCUCAAGCCAAGGAUCACCUGCACAACAUUGAUAACCCACAAACAGAUUCACAAUCUUCUGAAAAUAGAGGGUAUCUUUUUGAGGGGCAUCUUACAGUGGACCCCGAACCACCCAUGCCUCAAUGGCUGGUGCAGCAGAACCUGCUGGCAGCUGUUGCUUCUCUUUCUACAGCUGAAUCUUCUCGGGGUCCCAUGGAAGACAGUACUGUAUCAGAAACUGCUGGGAAUUUGAUUCAAAGUCUCAUAGAUAACCUUGAUUCUGUCAUACCCGAGAUACUGGAGACUGAUGGUGCCAUCCCUAGAGCUCCACCUGCCAGUAAAGAAGUUGUUGCCAAACUGCCUAUCAUCCAUCUUACAGAGGAAGUCCUGGUCAAGCUAGGAGAAGAUGCAGAAUGUGCCAUCUGCAAGGAGAAUUUGGUGGUUGGUGAUAAGAUGCAAGAGUUGCCCUGCAACCACAAGUUCCAUCCUCCCUGCCUGAAACCAUGGCUGGAUGAGCAUAAUUCUUGCCCAAUUUGUAGAUAUGAGCUGCAAACUGAUGAUCACAAUUAUGAAAGCUGGAAGGUGCGUGAGAAAGAGGCUGAAGAGGAGAGAAAAGGUGCUGCAAAUGCUAUUCGUGGUGGUGAGUAUAUGUAUGUUUAGAUGAAUUUUUCUCAUUGAAUCAACAUAGUUAAUUGUAUCAUAGAUAUAUCUUCUGAAGUACGGAAUAGAUAUGGAAAUAUUUCCUUUCGUCAAAUUUGUAUCUUCUAUACCUGGUUCCAGACAUGGGUUCAGUUUGAAACGAUAAUUUGCAGAAGAGCUUUACUUGACAAUAAUAGUGGCUUGUACUCUAGUUCAA